AUGCAGACAAUGCUCGAGCACGAUAUCAAGAACUACACUGAUAUCAUGGCCGAUGGUUACAACAGCAAGUUCAAAAUAUACUCCAAAGCUGUGGUGGAAGGAGCCCCAGAGAUCAUCCAUGACUUCUAUAUGGACUAUGGCACUGAUUACUUUUCGUGCAUUGUGAUAGAAUGGCAACCAUGGUGCGGUCCAUGCGAAGUCCAAUAUGGUACAACAGCCGCACAGUGUCGUUAUUGCACGCUGUAUAAAGAUGAAAUGGGAUAUUUGAACGUUUCGGAGCCAUAUCCACCAGAUACUUUGUUGCAUGGAAGUACCUAG